AUGCCAAGUUUUAUCUCAAAUGGAUUUUAUUCGGACAUAAGUCACAAUUAUAGUGACGUAAGUUCUGAUGACGAGGUUCUAGACUUAGUUCAAGAGUUAGACAGCUAUCUUGAUACUUACAUACCGGAAGAUGUUUCUAAUACCUUUAUUGACGAUCUGCUAGAUGCAACAGGAAACUCAACGGGAGAUUUACAACAUGUUGACCUACCACAAGAGAUCCAGCAGGCCCGAUAUCGCCCAUGGCCUAGAUAUAAACAGUGCAAACAGGAAAAUCCUAGGUCAAAAGUAACAAUCGUUUACCCAGCUAAAUUAAUACUGGAUAGUAGGCUAGUGAAUGAUGAAAUGCCCGAAUGGCAACGAUAUAUAAAUGCUAGUAGGUUGUCAAGUAUCGAACACGUUGGUAGACUGAACGACCAAACAACAAGCCAAUUAGACGAGCCAUCGUAUCAGAGUCAGCAUGAUCCCCAAAAUGGAAAAGGGCCGGAACACCCGGAUACAAUCGCAUUUAGCCAACAACAAACUGGUGACGUCAUGCAAAGACAAUACAAUACAUGCAACUUACCUGCAUUAAAUGACUCAUUUAAUGGCCCUCAGUAUAGUAUCCCAUUAUCCUCACAAAAAGAACAAAAUCCUAUUUCUCAAAUGAAUAGCACAUGUAGUAACACUGUAAUCAAUUCUACAUGUCCGAACACAAUACACAGCCAACCAAUGUAUAGUCACGAUAACCCAAAUGUUCACCAAUCUGAAUCACACACAAAUCAAAACAAUAACAAAUCACAAUCACAUCAAACUACAAGCAAUAAUAACAGUAAAAAUUCUGCUCAAAGUCAGUCAGAUAUGCCUGCAGUGUACUUUAACCUCGAUACACAAUCCGUAGAAACAUACGCCAGUGUCACAUCCCCCAAAUAUGGAGCUGUUACAUCUAGGUCAUCCAUAACAAACAAUAACACGCUAGGAAAUAGCGGCGAUAAACAAGUUAUACCUGAGAGGGGGCGUGCACGAAAUAUUCGUGCGGCGUCUAGGUCGGAAAAGCGUGUCGAGUCGGCCAGUCCACACAGAAGACAAAACAGGAUUUCCCCAGUUUCUAUUAAUAGAAAUGACAGCACGAGCAAGAACGAUAAACGAUUAGGUCAAUACUAUGUGAAGGAGAAGGUACCACUACGCUAUCUUAACUUGUCAUGUCAGGAGAUAGUGACACAGAAUCAACAUAAGAAACGCAACUUCUUGAAUAUACCAAUAUAA